AGUGAGAAUAUUAUUUCUCUCUAACACUUGAUCAUCAUAAUCCAAAUGUAAUUUAAAUCCUCUGAGUGUUUUUUCAUUUACUUUCCUUUUACAUACGCAGCUUAGAUGUCGAGCAUAACACAAGCUAUUAAUUUUCAAUUGAUACCAAAGAAAUAAUUCUCUCGUCAUUUUUUUUCCAUUCAACAGAGUAAUAAUAAUUGUGUGAAUUAAUUUAAAAGAGGAAUAUAACAGCAUUUUGUGAAAUCAUCAAUAAAACAAAGUGGAGCAAAGCAGAAUAGUGAUAAUAAUACUAACGAAGAGGAAAUGGAUAAGGAAGCUGAUGAGAACACUGCCUUGAGAAUGAAACAAAAAUAUGAAACUUUUGAUGAUAUGCUACCGUGUGUAGGAGAUUUUGGCAGAUAUCAAUGGCUAAUUAUGUUGGCCCUUAUUCCAUUCAGUGUAUCAUAUGCAGUUUUAUAUUUCGCACAAUUUUUUUUAACUCUCGUUCCUCGAGAACAUUGGUGUAAAAUAGAUGAACUACAACAUCUCUCUGUUGAAAAUCGAAUUCUAGCCGGAAUUCCACGAUUAAAUGAAUAUCCAUAUUAUGACACGUGUCGUCGUAAGGAUUUGAAUUUUACAUCACUUCUCAAAGUGAAUAGAAAUUUUCAUUCGUCUCUGUGGAAGACAAAUAGAACAGUUCCAUGCGAACGAUGGGAGUACAAUUUCACGCAAAUACCCUACGCAAGUAUUGGAGCUGAGUUAGAUUGGGUAUGCGACCGUUCAUAUUUAAUUUCCACGGCUCAAGCGAUAUUCUUUUGUGGCUCAAUAAUUGGAGGAUUUCUUUUUGGAUGGGUUGCCGAUCACAAAGGGAGAAUUCCAGCUGUAGUUUAUUGCAACAUAGCAGCGUUAAUUGCGACCAUUGCAUCUGCAAAUACUGGCUCUUUCUGGUCGUUUGCUCUCUGCAGAUUCUUUUCUGGAUUUGCCUUUGACAAUGUGAUCAAUAUCCCUCUCAUCAUUGUUAUGGAAUAUAUGGCUGUGAAGAGACGCACAAUAGUGGUUAAUGCUGCAUUUGGAGUAUAUUUUGCAAUUGCCAGUACAGCAUUGCCCUGGCUGGCUUAUUAUGUUGCAAAUUGGCGAUAUUUUGCAUACGUUAUUUCGGUGCCAUUUUUUCUAUCUCUAGUAACUCCUUGGAUUUUACCGGAAAGUGCAAGAUGGUUCAUUUCGAAUGGAAAAAUAGAUCAAGUUCUGAUGAAACUCAGAAAAAUUGCCAAAGUGAAUGGUAUGAAUCCAAAUCCACGAAUUUACGAGAUUUUUUCAUUGAACGUAAAGGCUGCGAAUAAGGAAAAGGAAUCAGCAACUCUCUUGAAUCUUUUUAAAACACCACGUCUGGCUAGAAAUGUUAUACUACUUGUAGCUCUCUGGACUUUGACGGUGAUUGCGUUUGAUGGGCAUGUGUACUCGUUGAAACUAUUGAAAACAUCGGUAUUUGUUUCCUUCUCUUUGGCAUGUGCGACAGAACUUCCUGCCGGGUUGCUGUUGAUAUUGUUGCUAGAUCGCUGGGGGCGUAGAUUUUGUUUAUUCAUCACAAUGACACUGACUAUGAUUUUUAGCUAUGCUGAACUGAUUUUAGUUCACGAUACUGCUAUUUUAACAAUGUCGGUGCUUUCUCGAUUUUGUCUCAAUAUGGCAGCCAAUGUUGGUCUACAAUAUGCCGCCGAAUUAUUACCAACACCCGUUCGGGCCCAAGGAAUAGCUUUGAUUCAUAUUUUCGGAAUUUGCGCACAUUCGGUCGCUCCUUACGUCACCGAUACCGCAGUCUUUUGGUCCGGAAUGCCAAUGGCAAUAAUUGGUACGGUUUCCCUAAUUUGUGCCAUUUUGGCCCUUUUCCUGCCGGAAACAACAGGACGCCAUUUACCUCAAACUUUGGAGCAAGGUGAAAAUUUUGGAAAAGAUCAAGAAUUCUGGUCCCUGCCGUGCUUUGAAACUGAUAACAAAUUUUAAAUUAAAAUAGAAACAUUAUCUAGCACAAAUUUUGUUAUAAACUUAAUAGACAUUUUGACUCAAGUUUAAUAUUAUAACAAAAAAAAAGAGAUAAUAAUCUAUUAGUGAUAUUUUUUUUGCUAUAAACAAUAGACAUUAAAGGAACAAAAAAAAUAAUAUUGUACAUACACAAUAAGCUGAAUGCAAAAACUACAAUGUUUCCUCUUUAAAAUAAAUAAUUUUCAACUUUUAAAAAAACUGUGUAGCAAUAAAAACGCUUAUCUUUUAAGACUACAAAACAUUUGUAUAUCACAUGAAAAGAAUUUGAAAGUAUUUUCAUUCUCUAAAAUUUGUAAAUAACA